GCGCCUUCAGCUUUUGUUGCUUGGCUGCUCGGUGCCCUAAACCGCGGGAGGGGGGGGGGGGGGGGGGGGCAAAAGGAAAAAAAAAAGGCCAGCCAGUCUUCUUCCCACAUGCGAGGGGCGGGGAGAAGGGGGCCUUACCUGUCCCACUCCUACCUCUGCGGCUGGCUGAGGGAGAAGUAGAGGGGGCAAAGAAAAGCAGAAUUACCAGUAGCUCUGGUUCUGCCGUCCCGGGAGCUCGCUUGCUCUCACACGCGAGCGCACACACACACACACAUACACACACACACCUUUACCUGCACAGACUUGAAAGUCCAGUUUCACCAGAGAGACUGAGGCAUCUGGAAAAGGGGAGAGAGUUCAUUGGAUCAAACAUGUCACAAGAGACGGACAAUAAAAACCGGCUUGUGACUAUAGUGCCAAGCGAUGCUUCCUUUAAUACCAGAAGAGCUUACACAAGUGAAGAUGAAGCUUGGAAGUCUUACCUGGAAAACCCCUUAACAGCAGCUACUAAAGCUAUGAUGAGCAUCAAUGGAGAUGAGGACAGUGCUGCUGCUCUGGGAUUAUUAUAUGACUAUUAUAAGGUUCCAAGAGAUAGAAGAUUAUUGCCUGUUAACAAAGUGAGUGACAAUCAAGAAGACCAGGACAAAAGAAACUGUCUUUCCACCAGUGAAACACAAAGUAACUUGAGCAACAAUGGUGAAAACAGAGUCCAGGUCUUGAAAACGGUGCCAGUAAAUCUCUCUGUGAACCAAGAGCAGCUGGAUACUUCCAAAAGGGAGCAGUUCAGUUCAAAUGUAUCAGGAAGCCCAUCCUCCAUUUCUGUGACUGGAGUGAUGGUGGUAAAAGCAGAGGAAUAUACCCCAGUUUACAUGACACCGUCAGUGCAUUAUGCCAGGGGAGAAAAUGAAGAACAUCGGGGGGUCAUAUUUGAACAUCCACAUUACGAAGUGCCCACCAUCACACCCCAUUCCUAUAUGAAAGACGAUCAACGCAGCACUCCAGACAGUACUUAUAGUGAUACCUUUAAAGAUGGAGGAACAGAGAAAUUUCGCAGUAGUUCAGUGGGUCCCGAGGAAUAUAUUUAUGAACAAACAGCCAAUAACACAUUUCGAUAUACUUUGGAAGCUACCAAAUCCCUUCGCCAAAAACAAGGAGAAGGACCAAUGACUUACUUAAACAAAGGGCAGUUUUAUGCAAUAACACUGAGUGAAGCUGGGGACAACAAAUGCUUCAGAUAUCCUAUCAGCAAAGUCAGGAGUGUGAUCAUGGUUGUGUUCAGCGAAGAUAAAAACCGGGAUGAGCAGUUGAAGCACUGGAAAUAUUGGCAUUCACGGCAGCACACAGCUAAACAGAGGGUCUUGGACAUUGCUGAUUAUAAGGAAAGCUUCAACACCAUUACAAAUAUUGAAGAAAUUGCCUAUAAUGCUGUAUCAUUCACUUGGGAUGUUAAUGAAGAGGCAAAGAUUUUCAUCACAGUGAAUUGCCUGAGCACAGACUUCUCUUCUCAAAAAGGAGUCAAGGGCCUUCCUCUGAUGAUUCAGAUUGACACAUACAGUUACAAUAAUCGCAGCAAUAAACCCAUUCAUCGGGCCUUCUGCCAAAUCAAAGUUUUUUGUGACAAGGGAGCCGAAAGGAAAAUCCGGGAUGAAGAAAGAAAGCAAAACAGAAAGAAAUCGAAAGGCCAAGUUUCUCAGGCAACUUGCCCUAAUGCAGAAGGGAAAUUGACUGCUGUGCCUCUCCAAAAGAAGAGUGACAUCACCUAUUUUAAAACUAUGGCUGAUUUGGAGUCCCAACCUGUUCUUUUCAUACCAGAUGUUCAUUUUGGCAAUCUCCAAAGAGCUGGACAGGUUUAUUAUAACAACGAUGAUGAACGAGAAGGCGGUAGUAUUCUAGCUAAACGGAUAUUCCGCACAGUUGAAGAGGACUUUGUUCCACCACCGUUGAAACAAAUAAAAGAAGAAGGAGCAAAAAAAGUUCUGCUGUAUGUGAGGAAAGAAGCAGAUGAAGUGUUUGAUGCUUUGAUGUUAAAAUCUCCCACAGUAAAAGGGCUUAUGGAUGCAAUUUCUGAGAAAUAUGGCCUUCCAGCUGAGAAGAUUACAAAGCUUUACAAAAAAAGCAAAAAAGGGAUUCUGGUAAAUAUGGAUGAUAACAUCAUUGAACAUUAUUCCAAUGAAGACACUUUCAUCCUAAACAUGGAGAACAUAAUGGAGGGUUUCAAGGUCACGUUGACAGAAAUCUAGACCAGCCUAGACCUUGUGAAGUGAAACAUUUUACCAUCAAGGAAAGAAGAAAUAAUAAUAAAAACCUUGAUUUCAUUGAUAUGGAGAAGAAAAGGUUGUUACAAAACUAAGUUGGAAACAACCACAUUUUAUUUUUUUGCCACUGGAACCAAUUUGGCAAUAAGUGAUGAGUCUGUUCAAAAGAACAUUCCUUCAUAAAGUUCCUUAUUUAUUGCUCCUCGCUCCAUAAUGUGUAAAUAAUCAGUGGACCCUAGACUUCACAAUCUUGAUGUGGCGAAGGUGAAACAGAGACUUUAAAUAAAAGCAACAAAAAUAGUUAAUACAAGAAAAUAAUAAGUUGAAGAAUAAUGUUAGUUCCACUGGGACUUAAUCACUGAAAUUUUCACCCUCUAAAUGAAUUGCUAGGAAACCUGAUAAGCGUUAACAAUGUGCAAAGUGCCCAGUGGUCUGUAUACCAAACGUCUAGUGCCGAGUAUCAUGUAGCUUAGCCAUAUCCCUCCCUUUGCAGGGCAACUGAGGGCUUUUAAGAUUCUCAGGUGGCGUGUACUUUUGUAAGUAAAACACCAUCCAUUUUAACCUCUGUAUAUAUUUGUUUAUAAUAUGUAAUAAUAUAUUUUCCUAUCCGUGUGGAUGUGUUUACUGCCACUCUAUUCUGUGUUUGGACAAGAAGUUGGCAGAAUUCCUGGCCAAAGGGCAAAGUUCUCUCACCAGCUGUUGGUUCUUCAGGGUUUUUUAUGCCUUUUGUUCAAAGCUUAACCAGGAGCCACAUUAUAAAGUUAAAACUCCUUAUUGUCACAACUAAGGUUAUUCUUUCUUUACUAUACCAGCUUCUCAGGUCUUCCAAUGAGAUGAUUUCUAUUAUUUUUAGACUAGAACUCCUGUUAAGUCAGACAUUUAACCAUACAGUGUGGAAUUGAAGGCUGUUUGGUGUACACCAGCUUGGGAGAAUCACUUAUUCCAUGAUGCUGCAGUCUUCCAGUUCCUGAAAUAGUUUUUCUAUCUCUUUCUCUCUCUCUCUCCCUCUCUCACCUUGUUUUUUUUUUUAUCUUCUAUGGUAUGCAUUCUUACUGAAUGGACGUUCAUUUCUGCAAUGCAUCAUGCAGGGUGUCAUAAAUGUGACAUUUCUAUAUCAUUCCCACCAAUGGGUGCUUCCAAGUUUUACCCAAAUGUUUUAGAAUACAUUUAUUUUUCAAACAAAUGUUAUUCUUCCAUUCAAGUUACCUCUGAAAGUUCCUGGCAACGUGGAAUCAGCGUGAGUUUAGCAAGAUAUUUUAUGGUUUGCUUUCAUUUUAGGGAAAUUAUAUGCUUAUAAAACAACAGUAUAAAAUUGGAAGGAAAGUUUGGAAUUUUGUACAGAAGUCCGAUCCCCUGAACAUGCCAUACGUUGGAGGAUGUAAAUACAGGUGGCCCUUGCUUAAUGACCAGUUGUUUAGUGACUCAUUCAAAGUUUUGAUCAACUUCAUUAGAAGCCAUGGUUUUGGAGUUCUGCCACACAGAGAGAGAGAGAGAGAGAGAGCCAUGUGAUUGCAUUUUGGGCUGCUUGGCAACCAAACCUGCAUUUACGACCAUAUGCAAUGCCAUGUUUUUAUA